UCGUAUGGUGUAUCAUCAUCACCAUUUCUUGCCAUUUGUACUAUGCAUCAGUUUAUUGAAGAUGAAGAAAAAAUGUUCCCUGCGGCUUCUGAAGCCUUACGGUUUUCUACUUACAUGGAUGAUAUAGUUACAUCAGUCUCAUCAAUGGAAGCAACCAAGCAACUGCAGCUUACUGAAUUGUUAAGCAAAGGGAAAUUUGAAUUGCUAAAGUGGGCCAGCAAUCAUUCUACCAUUCUAUCAAAUCUCCCUCCAGAGCAUUGCGCUAUUGAUGCAGGAGAUUUCACUUUGGAGUCUGAUAAAACCAUUAAAAUUCUUGGCUUUCAAUCGAAUCCAAUUGGUUACUACCUCUUCUACAGGGUGAAGGUUCCAUCCAGUCUAGCUACAAAACGAAAUGUUUUAUCAACUUUAGCACAAAUUUUUGAUCCAUUAGGAUAUUUGACACCUUUCAUGCUUACCUUCAAGAGUAUAAUUCAAUAUCUAUGGCAAUCGAGAUGUGACUGGGAUGAUAUAGCAUCCGUGGAGGUAGUGAAGAAAUGGGAGCUUUGUGUGGUUUCAAGUUCAAGAAGUGCUUGCAAAAAUUAUAAACAUAGAUUAUAUUGCAGCUUGGACUUAUUCAACUGUGGCAGUGAGUUGGAUUCGGUCUUCACCUCAUCGUUGAGCUAGGUUUGUGGCAAAUCGUGUAAGUCAAGUACAGGAACACCUGUCUACAGAGCAAUUCAGAUAUGUGUCAACCGAAUGUAAUCCAGCUGAUUGUGCUAGUCGAGGACUAUUGCUCAAUGAAUUAAGUG